GCCGGCAGCGUCAACCCCGACUACUUCGACUUCCACCGCUACACCACCCUCGACCUCGACCCUUACGUAGACGGCCUCCUCAACAUCCUCAACGCCCACCGCGUCGAACGCUGCGCCUACGUCGGCCACUCCGUCUCCACCAUGAUCGGCCUCCUCGCCUCCAUCCGCCGCCCCGAGCUCUUCUCCAAGCUCAUCCUCAUCGGCGCCUCCCCCAGGUUUCUGAACGACAAGGACUACCACGGGGGCUACAAACAGAGCGAGAUCGAGGAGGUUUUCACGGCGAUGGAGGCGAAUUACGAGGCAUGGGUGCAGGGAUUCGCGUCGCUGGCGGUGGGGGCGGACGUGCCGGCGGCGGUGAGGGAGUUCACCAGGACGAUGUUCAACAUGAGGCCGGACAUCAGGCUGUUCGUGUCGAGACAAGUGGAGGCGAGGAGGCCGAUCAUGGCGGUCGACGCGGUGGGCGUCGAGGAUGUUGAGGAGGUCGUCGACGUAAGGGUCGAGGGUGGUGUAGCGGUGGAAGUCGAAGUAGUCGGGGUUGACGCUGCCGGCGCAGACGAGGUCGUAGAGGAUGACGGUGGUCACUCUCAGUCAACCCUCAAAUUUAUUUUAUUUAUUAUUUUUUAA